AUGCAGGUAUCCCUUUCACAGCUGGACUUUCUCCAUCACACUUUCGCUAUUAUAUCACGAAUCGGCAUUAAGAAUGAAAUGGGAGACUUGGGAGCAUCUCUCCUGCGGCUCGACCUCCCCGGCCACACGCUGCCCCCCAGAAUUGAGGAAAUAAAAGACUUUUUGCUCACAGCCAGGCGAAAGGAUGCCAAAUCUGUCAAGAUCAAGAAAAACAAGGACAAUGUGACGUUCCGGGAUCACUGCAGCAGGCGUCUGUCCACAUUGGUCAUCACGGACAAAGAAAAGGCAGAGAAACUUAAACAGUCCCUGCCUCCCGGUUUGGCCGUGAAGGAACUGAAGUGA